UUGCCUAUGUCUGAUAAAUAUGUUAUGAAUGAUACGGACAUGGCGGCUAUAUUGGAUUAUAUUUCAGAGGAAGAAGUUAUUAUCACCUCAGAAGAUUUGAAAAAAGAUGAAAGUACUAAUUAUGAAUAUAGUUUGCAUAUCGACCUAUGGAACCAAGAAAUUUCAAUUACUCAAGGGUUAGGCCGUAUUUUAGAUCAAGUUGAAUACAAUAUUCCGCAAUCUUCUGAAAAUUAUUAUACUUUGGAUCGAGAAUGUUCUCCGCAAUACAUUGAUACACAUGUCCAAAAAGUAUUUAUAGAGCCUUGUAUGGCACUUUUAAGAAAAUCAGUCAAUUUAGAAAAUCCAGCGUUACAUUCAUUACAAGUACGACUUGAUAUGCCGUCAUGGAUGAUGGAUGAUUUCUUAGCAGAAGUUCGAGAGCUUUUAUCGGAUAUUCAUGUCGUAUUUACUCCUGUUAUUUUACGAGCCAUCCCAUCUCCUACGCCUUCUAUCAUUAAUAAUGAUAAUAUUUAUGAAAUAUAUCGUCCAAAUCAUUCAGUAUCAGCAACAGAACAAGCUAUGACAGUUAGACCUCAAUAUUUACUAAUUGCUGGUCUUAAAGAGUUAAAUAAAAAAUAUGGUGUAUAUAGAUCACUGUCUCAAGAAGAUCGUCGAAGCAGUUUAGGGAGUGAUAGUACACAUUCACGUAGAAGUUCUGUUGAAGAUCUCUCCAAUGAAAAGUCUAAUCCCCCUCACUCACGAAAAAGUUCUUUAAUGACGCAACAAACUCGUCUCCUAGAUAUAAUGAUGUAUACCAUACCACAUUAUGAAGUCCAAUCAAACCCACAGGCUCUCAUUUUAUAUCGUUCUUGUUUCUUAGCCAUGUCAAUUGACGGCUUCGAUUUGACGAUUUAUACUUAUAAUUGGCACAAACAUUAUACAGAUCUGGUAUUUUCUGCGAUGAAAAAGAUUUCAGACUGGCAUAAUCAACGUAUCGGACUUUUAAAUAGCAUACUUUAUCAAAAAAUGGGCUUAUUUUAUCAUGGUUGUAUAUCGCUUAAAUCCCCAGUGCCUCUUCCAAGCAUGCCAAAUACACCACGAUCCUUGCAGUCUCCUAUUUCCAGUCAACGAACCUCACAAAUUGAUUCUUCACAUAGUCAACGAGCAUUAAUGUCUAUUGGACAAAACACUAAUGAUUUGCCACUUGUUGUUUCUCUUAUAAAUGAAAGAUUUCCUCAUCUUCAAAAAACCGAGAGUCGCGCUGAAGACAUAAAAAAGAAUUCAGAUUCAAAACAUGAUAUAAACAUUUUAAAUAUUGCAGAAUUCAAUGCUGGCGUGUUUUCAUUGAAUACGCUUGAUUUGAAUGAAGUGCUCAAAAAUUCUUGUAUCGAUUCAUUUGCUGAGAAAGUUCACACACGGGAGAACCGUGAUGCUCUGAAACGACAUGGACCUCCUUUUAUCGAUGCGUGGAUCCGUCAGGCGAAGAACUCUCAAGCUCAUGAAAACGAAAAAUCUGUACAUAGUAAAUGGGCAAAGAGAAUUGAAGAGCAUAACGUUGACAAUACUGCUAACACACCAGAAAUGAUCAAGAAGUCGGAUUUGGCGAUUAUAUUUCGUACAUCUCGACUUUUACAUUUCUGUAGAACGCCAUUACUUUUUGGCGGUAAUGCAGAUUCAUUUACGCGUACAUCACCUACUCGUGAUUUCCAAACUUCAAGUGAUACAACAUUUUCUCGUUGGUAUCAAGACAUGUCCGAAACAUUCUUACAAGAAUACUCUUCUUACCUUGAAGAAAUUGGCAUGCAAGUAGUAAUUGGAGGCAAAUCUGGCGUAAAUUUGGUUGACGAUGGGAUAUCAAAGUCAUCUGCUACAGAAAAUGUGCUUGCCAAUUCUCCUGCUGUAUUCUUGCUAAAAGUGCUUCAAGGAGGUUCUAUCAUGUGUGAAGUUCGAAUUCAAGGUGUAUUUGUAAGCGUGACCCUAUAUAUACUCAAUCAAGGACAGAAUCUAAUGUCACUAGGAUUUUCUGACGUUGAUAGCGACCGUGGAAACCUGAGGAUAUUUACUGAGGAAUGUGGACGAUUCAGAAAAAUGAUUCAUGUUAAUUCAUUUGUUUAUGACUUCCAUCUACGUUAUAUAAAACAUGUAUUGGAAUCUCAAUCACAAACCUCCCCAGCCUUUAAUGUUUUGGAUGUUAUUAAUGCAUUCAUUCGCCGUAAUCGCCAACCUGCGCAUUUUUCACGUAAUCGUAUUUAUCACGAUAGUUAUGAUAAAGAAUUAGGAUCGAUACCUGAUGAUUUAUAUAAAUUUAUAAUAUCAGCACCCCAACGAUACGGGUUUAGACAAAUAAAUUUUAAUGGUGAACCAAUCGCUUGUUUUACGACGUCUAUAUGUGGAGACCAAUGCUCAGAAUCUUGUGAUCUAUGUUCAAUUUUAGGAAAUGAGACACCACAAAUCACGUUAGUUUUUACUUCUUCCAACCAGGCACCUACGGCAGGAAUUACAUCAUUGGAAUAUUUUGUAAUCGUGGUGAACGAUCAUUAUGUGCCCCUUGAUUCUACUUUAAGUGUUAGGGAUUCCUAUCGCGGUUAUAAAUAUCAAGCGUCAGAUAUUUAUUCAAACAAAGAUAUCGAAGAAAAGAAAUAUGCCCUAAUAAACCGUACUCGUGAAAGAUUUAAGUUGGUUAUAAAUCAGGCAGUACAAUUUAAGCGACGAGAAGAUUUGUGGAAAAAAUUAAGCAAUAUAAAGCCAAGUGACAGAAACAAUGCUAACAAUAGUACCAAUUAUUCCGCGUCGCUUUCCAUUACAGAUUUCCUUGAUCUAACAAAGCAAUGGUACAGUCGAGAACUUGUUACAAUAAGUCCAGAUUUCAAAGACAUUUUAGAUUUGAAAUUAAAUUGGGUAGAAGUAUUAAAUUUUUUAUCAACAUAUUAUUCUGAAUUGACAAGAGAGUUAUAUGAUGAUACUGAACAUAUUAGGCAUUUAAUAAUAUUUAAUCAACGUAACCAUGAUUUAUUAAUACAUUUCAUUUUACCGCGACAAGAUGAAAAAGAGACUGAAAUAGGAAAUAAUGAUGGUAAGUUAGUAGUAAAUGCUGUUUGUAAGGAAAACAAACCAAAUUUUGAAGGAUUAGAAUUGCAAUUUAUCGCCGACAUAACCAAAACAAUUGGGUAUUGGAUGUGGCAAAAAUUAUUUUAA